GACACUGUGUGGGGAAUGAAUGGUCAUGUAAAGAAUAUGUAUUUUCAACUGUCAAUACGAACAGCAACUACAUUACUGUCUCUUCUGCUGGUUAUGGCUGUUGGUCCUUCAAAAACUAUCACACUGUGCAAAAACCAACAGAGUGGGAACUCUCUGCAACAGACGUUGAAGCUAACCAGACUCAUAUAUAAGGAAUCUGUUGAUCUACUCAGGAUAUAUAAGAUCAGUCAAGGAGACAUGUCAGAGCUUUUCUGCAAAAUAUCAAACAAUGAUGUCCCUGAACCUGACAUCUCGGGCUUGGAUCCGUCAGAGAGGAUAGCAAGCAUUUACACACAUCUUCAAGCUUUCGACCCUCAUUUUAAAAGGGUGUUUGAGCAGCAGACAGACUUACAGUUACCCCCGAGUGCACUGCUGAAAGCGUUAAGCAUUGUCAGUAACCGCAGCAGCAGCCUGACUUCUCUGAUAAACUGCAUGUAUCAGAGCCUCUUCCCAAACCUGCCUUUACCAGAGCCAGCAUGGGGACCAACAUCACUACCUCCAUCACAAAACAUAUUCCAACAGAAGGUCUAUGGCUGUAUUGUCCUGAAGAGAUACAAGGAGUUCCUGUCAAAUGCUGCCAAAGAACUAAGGAUUCUAAAAAGUCAAGUGUGCAGAAAGAAGACCCAAAUGAAUGUAGUGCUUUGAGGAUAAUCAAAGGAUGGGUGUCUUCAUUUCAACAUAACUUGUGCACACUAGUUCACUUAAUGAGAAACUUAAUAGGCUAAAUGGCUGAUACAUAAGUGAUUGAUGUCAUAAGUCUUUAUUUAUCUUAUUUAUUAUUUAUUUUGUGUGUGUCUCUGAUAGAGGAAUACACUGAAGUGUAAGAUAGUUCAUACAUUUGCGUGUUUCUGUCGAUAUGCCAGUCCAAAAUCUAAAAUAUUUUAUGUAACAUCUGAAACACUGUCUAUCAAAGCCUAUUUGUUAAGUAAUACUGUGUAAAUAUUUAUUAAAACAAUACUGGAUAACUAUAAUAUUUCCUUUGGCAUCUAUUAAUGUGGUUGAAUCAGUGAUGUCAACUGUAAGUAUGCCAGUAUCAUGCAAAAUCAGUUCUUGGAAAAUUGACAUGAACUAGUUAAUCUUGCCAGCCAGUGACUCUCAUAUUUGAUAUGUUAUAUAUUGUUAUAUUUGGUUUGGCUUGAUCCUUUUCAUGGAUCGUUUAUAUUUUCUCAUUCUGUGUUGUUAUUUGUACAAAACAAGAAUAAAUAAAAAUGAGAUGC